AUGUCGUUCGGAGGCCAAACACCGACGAUUAUCGUCCUGAAAGAGGGUCGGGAACCCCUCCUUGCUGCCAAACACAACCCCCCGCUAACUCGCCCCGUGCAGGCCACGAUUAAAUCGACACUCGGUCCCUAUGGCGGCGAUUUAUUAAUGGUGGAUGCGAACGGGAAGCAGACCAUCACCAAUGAUGGCGCCACUGUCAUGAAGCUUCUGGACAUCGUACACCCAGCGGCCCGGAUUCUCGUCGACAUCGCGCGUUCCCAAGAUGCGGAAGUGGGUGACGGAACAACCUCGGUGGUCGUCUUGGCUGGGGAGAUCCUCAAGGAGAUCAAAGAACAUGUGGAGGGUGGUGUCAGCUCGCAGAUCAUCAUCAAGGGUUUGAGGAGAGCGUCGACGAUGGCCGUGAACAAGAUCAAGGAGAUCCAGAUCAGCACAGACGAGGCGAACCGGAGGGACACGCUCAACAAGCUGGCCGCGACCGCCAUGACAAGCAAGCUGAUCAAGCGCAACACCGAGUUCUUCACCAAGAUGGUUGUCGACGCUGUUCUAUCCCUCGACCAAGAAGACCUAAACGAGAACUUGAUAGGUAUCAAGAAGAUCCCCGGCGGCUCGCUUACCGAGUCGCUUUUUGUCAACGGCGUGGCGUUCAAGAAGACUUUCUCGUACGCUGGAUUCGAGCAACAACCAAAAUCGUUCAAGAAGCCCAAGAUCGUCUGCCUCAAUGUCGAACUGGAACUCAAGGCCGAGAAGGACAACGCCGAAGUUCGUGUGGAGCAGGUGUCGGAAUAUCAGGCCAUUGUCGACGCCGAGUGGCAGAUCAUCAACAAGAAGCUUGAGGCAACGUAUAAGACAGGCGCCAAGGUGGUACUGUCCAAGCUGCCUAUCGGCGACCUUGCGACACAAUACUUUGCCGACCGCGACAUCUUCUGCGCCGGCCGUGUGUCGGCUGACGACAUGGAGCGUGUGGUUCAAGCAACGGGUGCCACUAUCCAGAGCACCUGCUCCGAUAUUCGUCCCGAGCAUCUCGGUACUUGCGGCACGUUUGAGGAGCGGCAGAUCGGCGGCGAGCGUUUCAACUUUUUUGAGGACUGCCCGGAGGCCAAGACAUGCACGCUGGUACUGCGCGGCGGGGCGGAGCAGUUCAUUGCUGAGGUGGAGCGGUCACUACAUGACGCUAUCAUGAUCGUCAAGCGCGCCAUUCGCAACAAGACCAUCGUUGGAGGCGGCGGAGCCACCGAGAUGGACGUGUCCGCGUACCUGCACCGUUUUGCGGACCAGGACGUGCGCAACAAGCAACAGGCUAUCAUCAAGAGCUUUGCUAAGGCGCUCGAGGUCAUCCCUCGCCAGCUGUGCGACAACGCCGGCUUCGACGCGACCGACAUCCUCAACAGGCUACGCGUCGAGCACAGGCGGGGCAAUACGUGGGCGGGUGUCGAUUUCCAGAAUGAGGGCGUCGCCGACAUGAUGGAGCGCUUUGUGUGGGAGCCGGCCCUCGUCAAGGUCAACGCCCUCCAGGCCGCGACCGAGGCUGCUUGCCUGAUUUUGGGCGUUGACGAGACGAUCCGCAAUGAGGAGAGCCAGGCGCCGCAGGCCCCGGGCCAGCCUCUGCCUCCUGGGGCGGCCCAGCGGGCGCUGCGUGGGCGCGGCCGCGGCCGUGGUAUUCCGAGGCGGUAG